AUGAAUCGGGCCUUACCUCUCUGUGCAUUGUUUCCGGUCCAUUCUUCUCCUUUUCUGCAAAAUAGCUUCCUAGCAGCUUCAUCGUCGGUUCAGGUGUGUAGGUAUCUGGAUGAACUGGAUAUUCUUUUUGAAGCUUUGGACCAUUCAAAGUGCAUUAGCAAAGUUGUUUUUGACUUGAGCCUUGCCAGAGGGCUUGAUUACUAUACUGGAGUCAUAUACCAGGCUGUCUUCAAAGGAACUACACAAGUUGGUUCGAUUGCGGCUGGUGGGCGUUAUGACAACCUUAUCGGCAUGUUUGGCACCAAGCAAGUCCCUGCUGUUGGAGUCAGCCUGGGGAUCGAACGUGUGUUUGCUAUAAUGGAGCAGGUUCAGAAGGACACGAACCAAGUAAGAUGA